AUGGACGUACCUCUAAGUAUUUCCAACCCGCCCACUCAAGAUCAAGCAAGAAAGCAAGCCGAUGGACUCCGUUUCAAAACGUUGUCAGAUUAUAAGGUUUUUUUUACUUUGAAGUCCUCACUGAACUUUGUUUUAGGUAGCAAAAGAAAUUGGUGAUGGUUCAUUUGCAACCGUGUAUUUGGCCACAGAGAAAUCGGAUAGGAAACGAGAAGUUGCACUAAAAGUUUGUCUCAAAAAGCAUAUUAUAAAACAUAGAAAGGUUUAUUUUUUUCGAGUGUACAGUUUCGUUGAAUUUUAUCUCAGAUUGAAUAUGUUCAACGAGAGAAACAAGUUCUGGCAUUGUUAUCCACGGCAGAAAAUCAGCAUCAUGCGAUUGUUUCGUUGUUUGCCACUUUCCAGGACGCUGAGAAUCUUUAUUUCGUUCUUUCCUAUGCUCAAUGUAAGUUUAUAUCUAUUUACGCAAAGUAAAGCUCACCUUUACAGAUGGAGACCUUCUCAGGAUAAUGCUCAACCAAGAAAAUGAGCAUUUCAUCCUCGAUCACUCGAAAUACUACAGUGCAGUUCUUCUAUCCGCGCUUGGUAUAUUUAAAAUAGGAAUUUAAAAAAUUGAAAUCAUUUUCAGAGCAUAUUCAUAGGCUAGGGAUCAUUCACCGCGACGUUAAGCCGGAAAACAUUUUGAUGAAAUCGGACAAGAGAAUUAUUUUGAGCGAUUUCGGGACUGCAAAAAUGAUCGACGUUGAGAAUGUAAGUAAUCGAAUCAGGUGGUUUUUUCUCUGGACAAGAAUUUGAAAAAACCGUUUUCUUUUAAUUAUUCAUUACGAAGCCUUCAAGAUCUUGAGAGAAAAAUCUCACAGAACUUUUUUUCUCAUUUUUUCUUUCGGAGUGUUCCCCUUCCUUCACUUGGGAAUAUAACGGUUUUAAAACUGAAGUUUCAAAAAAAUUAACUUUUUUGUUCAUUUUCCCAUCUUUCUCUGAAAAUCUCAACAGGUUUUUAUGGAAAAAACUAUAGUUUUGAGAGAGGGCUCUAAAAAGUAAUGUCUUGUAAGAAGUCUGAAAAAAAGUUUCAGAAAAAGAAGAAAGAAGAAAACGAAGGUCGGCGACGUCGGAACUCGUUCGUCGGCACGGCGCAGUACGUCUGUCCAGAGGCAAGAUCCGUCGUCCCUCCACUAAUUCUCUGCUAGGUUCUGCACGGCGAGGAUACGACUCCCGCCAGCGACUUCUGGUCUUUUGGAGUCGUCGUUUACCAGUUUCUGACCGGUUUUGUGGAACUCCUUGAAUCAUCAACAGGAUUAUAUUCCAGGAAAACACGUGUUUCACGACGAAUCCGAGUACUUGAUUUUCAAGCGUGUCGAAGGUCUUUUGUACAAAUUCCCCGAUGACUUUGACAGUGCAGCACGGGAUCUUGUUGAAAAACUGCUUGUUCUAGAGGUUUUUCUCAGUCUCUCUUUGAAAAUUAUGUGAGGAAGACGACGAAAUUUCACUUACAUUGGUUUUGAAUCGAGUUCUUAAGAAUUUUUCGGGCUCUAUUUCCAGUUUUUUUCAAGAAUAAUUUCCGAAAAAAAUUUUUUAAAACGUAUUUGAGCAGUAGGUAUGACUAGUUGAAACUAACUGACCAAAUUUCUUGAAAAUAUAAGUUUCCUGUUUUAUUCCUGAGUUUUGAAAGGACAAUCGUGUUCAUAGAAUGAUGACGCUUUCGCUUUAUGCAGAAGUUUUAUUCCUUCGAAUUUGAUUUUUUAGCCCUCAGCACGGCUAGGAACGGGAGAAGGUGCAAAAUCAAUACGAUCACACAAAUUUUUCGACGGAAUUUCAUGGGAAACGUUGGCCACGAUUCCACCCCCAGAUGUGAAAUUGCAUUGA